UACACAAUCAUCCAGCAACAGCAAAAAAAAAAAAAAGCCGAAACAAAAACAAAAAAAAAGAAAAAAAAAAUCAUCCAGCAGUCGAUCGAGAGACAAAGACGUAGCAGCACGCCGCCCAAUUCACCGCGUGCUCUCUCGACGACGACGACGGCGGCCGCCGUCACGGAGCAUUGGAUAGUGACGAAAACUUCUCUAGCCCUCUCCUCUCUUGCGUUUGCGUAGACUGUAGACUGUAGAGCACCCAGCAGCGAGAGAGAAUUUAGAGCUUGUAGUGGGAGAAAUGCCUUCAAAAACCAAGAAGAAUUCAAAGGCACAGUCGAGGCUGCUGAAUGGUGACCAGUCUGCAGCAUCUCCUCGGACACCAUCAUUGAUACCUUCUCCCAAUUUUGAAGUUAGUGAAGAGAAUCUUGUGUGGUCUUUUGAUGAGGCUUCCACCAAAUACCCUGCAUUGAUUGGAAAAUCCACUUUCAUUGGCAAAGUUAUUGAAGUUGAGCGUGAGUCCAGAGGCUGUAAAAUUUGGCUCUCAGAACCUUCCAUGGUUGCGUCUUCGCUUGCCCCUGGUUCCCUUGUAUCGGUGUCACUUGCUUCAAGGAAGAAAUUUCCAUCUAGCUUCCCACUUUGCUCAUUAGCAGAUGAAUGUGCAGCGUAUUUUGGGGUUGACACUGAAGAGAAAAUGGCAAACAAAGCGGGGAGCUACUUUGCUCUUGCAACAGUUUUUCCUUCUAGCAAGGUUUUCAAGAAUGAAGUGAGAUUGUCUUCAAACCUUUCCCACACCAUGGGCUGUCCCACUUCAGGCAGUGUUGUGUUUGUUUAUCCUAUACAAAGUCAACUUCCACCACAUGGUAUUGUAAAUGGACUUGAUGAACCAAAUAGCAACGGAGUUCAGUGUUUUUCUGUUUACAAUUGCAAGGAAUUGUAUCUAGAGCAAGCUCUUUCGCAGAAUAGAUCAACAGUGAGAAGUAAUAUGUUGUCUUCCUUGAACUUCCCAGCUGAAAAGAAUCGUAAUACAUUAGAAAUUGGAAUGGUUUCAUCUCCUAAGACUCCAUUGUAUCAGUCAAAAUUUAGCUCUUCUAGUCCUAGUCUCUCAACCUCAUCAAUAUGUGGAGAUCCAGUAUCACAUUUACCAAACCCAAACAGUUCAUAUAUUGAUUCAUUUGACAUUAGUGAUGUAAUGGGGGAUGAAAGUGCUAAGAAACUUCUUCAGACAUGUGCUACUACGUGGUUGUAUUCUCGUAAUCUACUAUGCGGAAAUUUUGUAUCCAUCCCAAUACUUUCAAAAGUUUACAUAUUUCGCGUGAUAGGUGCUAAAGAUUUGUCAGCAAAGAGUAGCAGUCAUGAUCUCAUAAAAGAGAAAUGUCAUUUGCCCCCUGACACUCCUGAACUAGUGGACCAUGCUUUUGUGAUAAACCGUGAUACAAAAGUCUGUUUGUAUUCACCAUCAACUGCGGUGUCUGAAACUUCUAUUUCAGGUGUUGAACUUGAAUAUAAGGAUGUUAAAGCUAGGGUGGUAGAAAGUUCUUUGAAAUUGGGUGGUCUUUCAAAAGAAUAUGCAAUUUUGAAAGAUAUAAUAAUUUCCUCAUCAGUGAAAGCCACUUUAUUGAGUUUCGGUUUACGAACUACAAAGGGAGUGCUUCUGCAUGGUCCUCCUGGCACUGGAAAGACUACUUUGGCCCAACUUUGUGCCCAAGAUGCCGGUGUUGAACUUUUCUGUGUGAAUGGACCUGAAAUUGUGAGUCAGUUUUAUGGAGAAAGUGAGAAAGCUUUGCACGAAGUUUUUGAGUCAGCAUGCCAAGCAGCACCUGCAGUGGUAUUUAUCGAUGAGUUGGAUGCCAUUGCCCCAGCUCGGAAAGAAGGAGGUGAAGAGCUGUCUCAAAGAAUGGUUGCUACAUUGUUAAAUUUGAUGGAUGGGAUUAACAGAACUGAUGGACUGAUUAUUAUUGCUGCAACCAAUAGGCCUGAUAGUAUUGAGCCUGCUCUGAGACGACCUGGCAGACUUGACAGAGAAAUUGAAAUAGGUGUGCCGUCUCCCAAGCAGCGGUUGGAUAUAUUGGUUACUCUUCUCAGUGAAAUGCAACACUCUCUAUUAGACAUCCAAGUUCAACACCUUGCUACAGUCACACAUGGUUUUGUGGGUGCUGACCUAGCUGCCCUUUGCAAUGAGGCGGCCUUGGUUUGUCUUAGGCGUUAUGUCAAGUUUAAACAUUCAUGUCAUGAUUUGCACUCCAGUACCUUAUGUGAAGGUUGGUCCGGUGGUAUACUUGAAAGAUCUGAUUGCUUAGAAGAUACAAGAAAUAUUUCAAGGGAUUAUGCAGAUUCCUCUGUUUCAAAUUCAGGUGUAUCCUCAGAUAUUCAACCAUCCUUUUGCUUGAAGGGUACCAUUCCAAAAAUUCUGGAUAAUAUAAUGGAUGGCAUUGAUGAAGAAUGUAGGUUAAGAGUAACUUUUGAAGAUUUUGAACGGGCUAGGAUGAAAGUGAGGCCCAGUGCCAUGCGGGAGGUAAUACUUGAGGUUCCAAAGGUUAAUUGGGAAGAUGUUGGUGGCCAAAGUGAGGUUAAAAAUCAAUUAAUGGAAGCAGUGGAAUGGCCUCAAAAACACCAGGAUGCAUUCAAGCGCAUUGGGACUCGUCCCCCAACAGGGGUCUUGAUGUUUGGUCCUCCAGGUUGCAGCAAAACCCUCAUGGCACGUGCAGUAGCUUCUGAAGCAGGCCUGAAUUUCCUUGCAGUGAAGGGUCCAGAACUUUUCAGCAAAUGGGUUGGUGAAUCUGAGAAGGCUGUAAGAUCACUAUUUGCAAAGGCAAGGGCCAAUGCCCCAUCAAUUAUAUUUUUUGAUGAAAUUGACGGUCUUGCUGUUAUCCGUGGGAAGGAAAGUGAUGGGAUUUCAGUCUCUGAUAGGGUUAUGAGUCAACUUCUAGUUGAACUUGAUGGUUUGCAUCAAAGAGUUGAUGUUACUGUUAUUGCUGCUACAAAUCGACCGGACAAGAUUGAUCCUGCCCUUUUAAGACCAGGACGCUUUGAUCGGCUGCUAUAUGUAGGACCUCCAAAUAAGACUGACCGAGAAGAGAUAUUCCGCAUCCACUUGCGCAAAAUUCCUUGCAGUGCUGACAUCAGCAUAAAUGAGCUGGCCAGUCUCACGGAAGGCUUCACUGGGGCUGAUAUAUCUUUGAUCUGCCGAGAGGCAGCUGUUGCAGCUAUUGAGCAGGAGUGCCUUAAUGCUUCUGAAAUAACAAUGGAACAUUUAAAGACUGCCAUUAAACAAGUACAGCCAUCAGAAAUUCAGUCUUAUGAGGAGUUAUCAGGAAAAUUCCAAAGGCUUGUUCAUUCUAGCAACAGAAUGAAUUAGGAUUUCAGCAGCGCACCCUAGUAAAUCUAACUGGUUCCCAUCUCAGGAACUACAUAAAAUCUGUUGCCUUCUUUCUUUAUCAAUUCCCAACAGUCCUUUUACUCUCAAAGUCUGCAAGUAUGUAGCCCAAUUUUGAUGCAACUUUCUACUAUCUUCAUCUCCAUUUCAUCACAGCAUGUCAUUUACAUAAACCCUUCAAGAAGAGAAGACUACACCUUGUCUGAUUUAAAUAUGGUUUUUGAGGCAGAUAAGACUCGGAGUUCCUUGUGUUUGGGAUUCAAAAAGAAUGUCAAACAGAACCACCAUAUUUUGAUGGGGUUGGACUCUUGUAAAUGGUGAACAUGGAACUCUGAGUGCAGUGUUUUUUUGUUUUUUUUUUUUUGCCUUCCAUGUUUACCAAUCUGAGCUCCAAUAACAGAUAAAGCAAAUGAUCCUUUCUGGUGGGCCUCAGACAUUGGCAGAUGAUAUUUUGCAACAGUGAGUUAUAGGUUGCAUUUGAAAGUUGUGAUUAAAGACUAAGGGGGCAGCCCGUGGGAUGUGGGGACAAGCUUCUUUGUCCAUCCUAAGAACUGUCUUUUAGUCAUGACUCAUGUACAAGCAUUUCUACUUUUCUGGGUAUUGCAAUUUCUACUACAUAAGUACACAGGAGAAACUUGUGAGCUCAUCACUAUGGCAUUUGACCUGCUGUGGAAACCAUGAUGACUGAAAAUGGAGGGUUGACGCAGGUUCGGUUUAGCCAAGGUUGGCCAAAAGCACAUUAUAGCUUCCUCAGACUAGGAUUUUUUUUAGUAUUGCAUGAUCUAAAUAUCUAAAUUUUGGCCUGCAUCUCAAUGAUCUCAUGUAGAAAUUUUUGUGGUUGAAUUUUGAUUUUUUACAAGUUGGUAAAAUGGGUUGGACAAGUGAAUUGAUGA